GGUCACUUCGGACCUAUAAAUACAAUGGCAUGGCAUCCGGCGGGCAACAUUAUUGCAACCGGUGGUGAGGAUGGUUACGUGCGUGUGCAGGAAUUUGAUGACGACUAUCUUGAGUUUAAAUAUGAUUAUUAA